CUAGCGGAGGACUCCAGCACCGCAGCCCGCAACCCAGUUUCCUGUUGAGUUUCCCUGUUUGAGGGACAGGAACUCCCAGCUCGACUUUUCUCCCCCGCCCAUGAUAAUAACGCCGAGCAGGGAAAAGAUUCCUGUGGACGGCGGCGGCGGCGGCAGGAGGGAGGAAACUCACCCACACUCCGACCAAGUUGUCCAAACUUCCCCGGGAUCCACGGACCGGCGGCGGGCUCCCUCGACAAGUCUUCCCCGCUCACCGAGCACUACUCCGGCAGCAUGGCGUCGACAGUGACUUUAGAGGAUGCCCUGUCCAACGUUGACCUGCUGGAGGAGCUGCCGCUCCCGGACCAGCAGCCCUGCAUCGAGCCCCUCCCCUCCUCGGUCAUGUAUCAGCCGAACUUCAACACCAACUUUGAGGACAGAAAUGCGUUCGUCACCGGCAUCGCCAGAUACAUUGAGCAGGCCACCGUCCACUCCAGCAUGAAUGACAUGUUGGAGGAGGGGCAGGAGUACGCCAUCAUGCUGUAUACCUGGAGAAGCUGCUCACGAGCAAUACCUCAGGUGAAAUGCAAUGAACAGCCAAACCGAGUGGAGAUCUACGAGAAGACUGUGGAGGUCCUGGAGCCAGAGGUCACCAAACUGAUGAAUUUCAUGUACUUCCAGCGCACGGCUAUUGACCGUUUCUGUGGCGAAGUGCGUCGUCUGUGUCACACGGAGCGCAGGAAGGACUUUGUGUCCGAGGCGUACCUGCUGACCCUGGGCAAGUUCAUCAACAUGUUCGCCGUGCUGGAUGAACUGAAGAACAUGAAGUGCAGCGUCAAGAACGACCACUCGGCUUACAAACGAGCUGCGCAGUUCCUCAGAAAGAUGUCUGAACCGUCCUCCAUCCAGGAGUCUCAGAACUUGUCCAUGUUCCUGGCAAACCACAACAAAAUCACACAGUCGUUGCAGCAGCAGCUUGAAGUGAUCAAUGGAUACGAAGAGCUGCUGGCGGACAUCGUCAACCUGUGUGUCGAUUACUACGAGAACAAGUUGUACCUCACUCCCAGCGAGAAACACAUGCUUCUCAAGGUCAUGGGUUUCGGCCUGUACCUCAUGGACGGAAACAGCAGCAACAUCUACAAACUGGACGCUAAGAAGAGGAUCAACCUCAGCAAGAUCGACAAGUUCUUUAAGCAACUCCAGGUGGUCCCUCUGUUUGGUGACAUGCAGAUUGAGUUGUCCCGGUACAUCAAGACGAGCGCUCACUUUGAAGAAAACAAAUCUCGGUGGACUUGCACUUCUACAUCCAGCAGCCCGCAGUACAACAUCUGUGAGCAGAUGAUUCAGAUCCGAGAGGAUCACAUGCGCUUCAUCUCCGAGCUGGCUCGUUACAGCAACAGCGAGGUGGUGACCGGGUCAGGGCGUCAAGAAGCACAGAAGACCGACUCUGAGUACAGGAAGCUGUUUGACUUGGCCCUGCAGGGCAUGCAGCUGCUCUCCCAGUGGAGCGCUCAUGUUAUGGAAGUGUAUUCCUGGAAGCUGGUUCACCCGACAGACAAGUACUCCAACAAGGAGUGUCCCGAUAAUGCGGAGGAGUAUGAGAGAGCCACCAGAUACAACUAUACCAGCGAGGAGAAGUUUGCCCUCGUAGAGGUGAUCGCCAUGAUCAAGGGCCUGCAGGUGCUGAUGGGCCGCAUGGAGAGCGUGUUCAAUCACGCCAUCCGUCACACCAUCUACUCGGCCCUGCAGGACUUUGCUCAGGUGACGCUGCGGGACCCGCUUCGGCAGGCCAUCAAGAAGAAGAAGAACGUCAUUCAGAGUGUCCUCCAGGCCAUCCGGAAGACCGUCUGCGACUGGGAGACUGGGCGGGAGCCCCACAACGACCCCGCUCUCCGCGGAGAGAAGGAUCCGAAGGGUGGCUUUGACAUCAAGGUUCCCCGUCGCGCUGUGGGUCCAUCCAGCACCCAGCUCUACAUGGUCAGGACCAUGCUGGAGUCUCUUAUUGCCGACAAGAGUGGCUCGAAGAAGACCCUGCGCAGCAGCCUUGAGGGCCCCACCAUCCUGGACAUAGAGAAGUUUCACCGCGAGUCCUUCUUUUACACGCACCUGCUGAAUUUCAGUGAGACCCUGCAGCAGUGCUGUGACCUUUCCCAGCUCUGGUUCAGGGAGUUUUUCCUGGAGCUCACCAUGGGACGCAGGAUCCAGUUCCCCAUCGAGAUGUCCAUGCCGUGGAUCCUCACUGAUCACAUCCUGGAGACCAAGGAAGCAUCGAUGAUGGAGUACGUGCUGUAUCCCCUGGAUUUAUACAACGACAGCGCGCACUACGCCCUGACCAAAUUCAAGAAGCAGUUCCUCUACGAUGAGAUAGAAGCCGAGGUCAACUUGUGCUUCGAUCAGUUUGUCUACAAGCUGGCGGACCAGAUUUUUGGCUACUACAAGAUUCUAGCUGGAAGCCUUCUGCUUGACAAACGCUUGAGAGCGGACUGUAAGAAUCUCGGGGACAACAUUCCCUGGCCUGCCUCCAACCGCUACGAGACUCUGCUGAAGCAGCGCCACGUCCAGCUCCUGGGCCGCUCCAUUGACCUGAACCGGCUCAUCACUCAGAGGGUUUCAGCCGCUCUGUACAAGUCUCUGGAGCUGGCCAUCAAUCGCUUUGAGAGCGAGGACCUCACCUCAAUCAUGGAACUGGAAGGUCUUCUCGAGAUCAACCGCAUGACACACAAGCUCCUCAGUAAGUUCUUGACCCUGGACAGCCUGGACGCCAUGUUCCGCGAGGCCAACCACAACGUGUCCGCCCCGUACGGCCGCAUCACGCUGCACGUCUUCUGGGAGCUCAACUACGACUUCCUGCCCAACUACUGCUACAACGGUUCAACCAACAGGUUUGUGCGCACCGUCCUGCCUUUCUCUCAGGAGUUCCAGAGGGAUAAACCACCCAACGCUCAACCUCAGUAUCUGUAUGGCUCUAAGACCUUGAACCUGGCCUACAGCAGCAUAUUCGGCUCCUACAGGAACUUUCUUGGCCCCCCUCACAUCAAAGUCAUGUGCAGGCUGCUGGGCUACCAAGGCAUCGCUGUGGUGAUGGAGGAGCUGCUGAAGGUCGUCAAAAGCCUGCUCCAGGGCACCAUAAUGCAGUAUGUGAAGACCCUGAUGGAGGUGAUGCCCAAGAUUUGCAGGCUUCCCCGCCACGAGUAUGGCUCCCCGGGUAUUCUGGAGUUUUUCCACCACCAGCUGAAGGACAUUGUGGAGUACGCAGAGCUGAAGACCGUGUGCUUCCAGAACCUGAGGGAGGUGGGCAACGCCCUCCUGUUCUGCCUGCUGAGUGAACAGAGCCUGUCCCAGGAAGAAGUCUGUGAUUUGCUGCAUGCUGCACCUUUCCAGAACAUUCUCCCCAGAGUCCAUGUCAAAGAGGGAGAACGUUUGGAUGCCAGGAUGAAGCGCUUGGAGGCGAAGUACACCGCGCUGCACAUGGUUCCCCUGAUCGAGCGCCUCGGCACCCCACAGCAAAUAGCCAUCGCGCGUGAGGGCGACCUGCUGACCAAAGAGAGGCUGUGCUGCGGCCUGUCCAUGUUCGAAGUCAUCCUCACUCGUGUGCGGGGCUUCUUGGAGGACCCCAUCUGGCGGGGGCCGCUGCCCAGCAAUGGCGUGAUGCACGUGGACGAGUGCGUGGAGUUCCACCGCCUCUGGAGCGCCAUGCAGUUCGUGUACUGCAUCCCCGUGGGAGCCCACGAGUUCACCGUGGAGCAGUGCUUCGGAGACGGCCUCCACUGGGCCGGCUGCAUGAUCAUCGCUCUCCUGGGCCAGCAGAGGCGCUUCGACAUCCUCGACUUCAGCUACCACCUCCUCAAGGUGCAGAAGCACGACGGCAAGGACGAGAUCAUCAAGAGCGUGCCUCUCAAGAAGAUGGUCGACAGAAUCCGCAAAUUCCAAGUCCUGAACAACGAGAUCUUCGCCAUUCUCAACAAGUACCUGAAGUCUGGGGACGGGGAGAACAUGCCGGUGGAGCACGUGCGGUGCUUCCAGCCGCCCAUCCAUCAGUCGCUGGCCAGCAGCUGAGCGGCCGCAGCAGAGUUAGCAUUAGCAGAAUUUACUCUUUGUUUCCUCGAGUAGGUCUUCAGUACCGCAGGACCAUUAAAUGUAAGACGUUGGGCCACUUUUUUUGUCAGUUUGUCUUUUUUUGUAUUCACUUGUGCCUUAUUGGAGGAGAACAGUAUCUUCCCCUUUGGAUCAACUAUUCCUUGUUUUGUACUUGCAGAAAAGCAUAAAAAUCAGGGAGGGGGGGGUGAGUUUUAUCAGAUGCAUUUAAGGGGUUUGCAGUGGUGUAAUAUUGAGGGUGAAUAGCAGCCUUAUUUUAAGAGAAAUGAGUGAAAUUUUGUAUUUUCUACCUUAAUAAACGUGCAUGCAAAACAUCCUAAAGGAAAUGAGAAUGUAACAAAGCUCAAUCUUGUGUUAAGCAUUUAUUCACUGUGCCUUGUGUUCGCAAAAUGUUUUAAUCAUUUUAAUUCAAUAAAUAUGUAACAAAUCUG